GAUUGAACAAUACUGGUAGUCUUGGAGCUGUGGGGUUCUCAUUGUAGCUAUCCAAACAAAAUUCCAAAGAGACCAACCUCUCAAAUGAUCGUAGGUAAUUGAAACUUCAACAGGCAACGUAAGCAUAUAAACCAUCCAUCAAUCCCACAAGAAAAAUCCAAGUUUCCUCCAAAUUGAUCUGUUAAAGAUAAUCAACAAAUGGGAUCCCAAACACCUCUUAAGCUACCAGUCAUAGAUUUCACCACACCCGGUGCACUAAAUCAUGGCAGUUCUGAGUGGGAUUCACUGAAAGUUCAAGUAAGGGAAGCACUGAAAGAGUAUGGUUGCUUUGAGGCUGUGUACAACGGACUUUCACCGGAGCUCCGAAAGGCCCAUUUUGGUGCCCUGGAAGAGCUUUUCGACCUCCCUACGGAUGUUAAGAAGCUAAAUGUUUAUGAAAAACCCUUUCAUAGCUAUGGUGGCCACGACCCCACCGUGUUCGAAACCAUGGGGGUUGACCGUGCCAACGUCUUCCAAGAAGUCGAAAACUUCACCAACACGUUGUGGCCUCAAGGGAAUCCUAAUCUAAGCAAAAUUAUAUACUCUGUAUCUAGACAGGUAGCAGAGUUAGAUGGUGUUGUUAGAAGGAUGCUCUUGGAAAGCUUGGGUAUUGAGAAAUACUGGGAAGAACAUAUCAACUCGACCGAUUAUCUGCUUAGGGUGAAUAGAUAUUUGGCAUCUCAAAACGGUGAUGAGUCCCAUCUUGGGGCACUUUCUCAUACUGAUAAAACAUUGACCUCCAUAUUGUUUCAAAAUGAAGUGGGUGGUCUAGAGAUACAGACAAAACAUGGAGACUGGAUCAGCGUCAAACUAUCUUCUGGUUCUGUUAUUUUCAUGGUUGGAGAUGCUCUCUAUGCGUGGGCAAAUGGGCAUCUGUACAACGCGAUUCAUCGUGUGAUGAUGAGAGGAAAUAUAACAAGGUACUCAACUGGGUUGUUUUCGAUCCCAAGGGCAGGAUACGUGUUGAAGGUUCCAGAAGAGCUGGUGGACGAAGAACACCCUUUGCAGUUUAAACCUUUUGAUCAUUUUGAAUAUCUCAAUUUCUUUUUAACUCAACAGUUCAAUCCUGGUUCUGGUUCUGGUUCUACUAUACCUGUAGUUUCCAACAUUAAAGAUUAUUGUGGCAUCUAAUUCAGCUACUGAUUAAGAUUAAGAAACCUCCUUAUUUUCUUUCUCGACUGGUCUUUUAAUUUGAGUAAUAAAAGGGUGGAAACUACCUUUGUUGAGUUUCCUUGCCAUGUAUCUUCUGUAAUCUGAGAAGAAUCCAGUUGUUGUUACAUUCAUGCA